UGGAAACUGCCGCUGACGAUGAGAACCAUUCCGCCUACUUAGCUACGGAAGCAGCGGAUGAGUGGGAGUUGCCCCGUUGUCCACGUCGUUGUUGUUGGUCCACGAUGGCUCACGGUGCCAGCAGGAGAGAUUCCCCGGAGCUCCCUGACUUCUCCCUGUUGAAGAGACUGGCCAGAGAUCAGCUCAUCUACCUGCUGGAACAGCUCCCAGGGAAGAAAGACCUGUUCAUUGAGGCAGACUUGAUGAGUCCUCUGGAUCGUAUCGCUAAUGUGUCAACGCUGAAGCAACACGAAGUCGACAAACUCUACAAAGUGGAACACAAACCUGUUAUCAGCACCUCAGAUCAGCUCUGUUUUUUGAUCCGGCCAAGAAUACAAACAGUGAAGUGGAUUUGUGAUGUGGCCAAUGCAGACAAGGCGGUGGGAAAGUUUAGAAGAUACAAGAUAAUCUUUACUCCUCAGAAGUUCUACGCCUGUGAAGCUGUGUUGGAGGAGCAGGGGAUCUUUGGUGACGUGACCACUGACGAAUGGGCUUUCUACCUCCUUCCACUGGACGAAGACAUCGUCAGUCUGGAGCUGCCGGAGUUCUUUCCAGACAACUUCCUGGCAGGAGACCAGCGCUGGGUGAGGACGGCUGGCAGCGCUCUGCACCUCCUUCACUCUCUUUACGGCCCCUUCUCCAAACUCUACGGGAUCGGACGUUGUUCCAAGAUGGUGUACGAGUCGUGGCGGGAGCAGGUGGAAGAGGGAGAACAAAAGACUCGACAGGCUGAAAUAGGGAAGGUUUUUCUCAUCGACAGAGACGUGGACUUUGUCACUCCUCUGUGCUCGCAGGUCGUUUAUGAAGGACUCGUGGACGACAUAUUUAAAAUUAAAUGUGGAUGCGUGGAGUUUGGACCGGACGUCACGUCCUCGGAUAAAAGCGUGAAAGUCAUGCUGACCUCUCAGGAUAAGGUCUUCGGUGAAAUCAGAAACGAGCAUUUCUCCAACGUCUUCGGCAUUCUCAGUCAGAAGGCCAGGAAUCUGCAGACUGCGUAUGAUAAGCGUCAGGGGAUGGACAUAAAGCAGAUGAAGACGUUCGUGUCGGAGGAACUUAAAGGAUUAAAGCAGGAACAUCGGCUCCUUAGCCUACACAUCGGUGCCAGUGAAUCGAUAAUGAAGAAGAAAACUAAACAGGAUUUUCAGGAGCUGCUGAAGACAGAACACUCUCUUCUUGAAGGAUUCGACAUCCGUGAAUGUAUUUCUUACAUAGAGGAGCACAUUAACAGACAGGUCUCUAUGAUAGAAAGUCUGAGGCUGCUUUGUCUUCUGUCUAUAACGGAAAACGGACUCCUGCCAAAAGAUUACCGCUCAUUAAAAGCACAGUAUCUACAGAGCUACGGGGUGGAACAUCUGCUCACACUUGCCAACCUGAGGCAGCUGGGGCUCCUGGUGGAGCAGCAGCCGGGGGAGACGCUCACCGUCAUGGAGAGCAAAGUGGGCAAACUCGUCAACGACAAAACGGGAGGAAAACUGACAGAUGCCUUUUCUUCUCUGGCAAAGAAGAGCCAUUUCAGAGCCCUGAGCAGAAAACUAAACUUGGUGCCAAAGACCGACGAAGAGUACGACCUGCGCGUCCCACGAGACAUGGCCUACAUCUUCAGCGGUGCCUACGUCCCUCUGAGCUGCCAACUGAUUAAACAGGUGCUGGAGAGAGACGGUUGGACGGGGCUUGAAGAAGUCACCAGGCUACUGAAUGGACAUGACUUCGCAGUAACAGGAGCCAACGGAGGUGAUUCGGGAGCAAAGACCGACUCUCAGCGCAUCAUUCUGGUCAUGUUCCUCGGCGGAUGCACCUUCUCUGAGAUUUCAGCUCUUCGUUUCCUCGGCAGAGAGAAAGGUUAUAAAUUCAUCGUGGUAACCACUGCAAUUACAAACAGUUCAAGACUUUUAGAGGCUCUGCUGGACAACCAUGUAUGAAGCUGCAGCCAAUGAUGUGACACCUGGAAACUUAUUCAAAUGGACAAUUAUGAACACAUUCCUGCAGCCUGGUGGCAUGCGCUCCCUCAAACUCUACUAUUACAGGUGGAGAAACGCUCGCUUCUGGCCUGUUUCCUACAACUACAACAUUAACGUAAAGAUGUAAACAAGUGAAUAAAUGUUUUAAUACAGUU